AUGAAUUAUGAUAUUAAACAAUGGGUCAAAACAUGCAUUAAAUGUCAACUUGCCACUUGCGGUAAAACUACAACAGAACCAUUGCAUCCUUUAACACCGGUACCAGCUUUGCAUCGUUGUAGUCUUGAUUUCAUUGGUCAACUACCAGUUACACGAAAUGGUAACCGUUGGAUAUUAGUCGCAAUCAACCAUACAACAAAAUGGCCAAUAGCUAAAGCUACUCAAAAUUUAAAACAUGAAAUGGUUGCUCAAUUUGUUUAUGAAGAAAUAGUUUUUAAAUUUGGAUGUCCAGUGGAAAUAUUGACUGAUCGUGGUAAUAAUUUUACAACAACAAUGUUAAACUCAUAUUAUACAUUAAUUAGUAUCAAGCAUAUCUUAACGUCUGCUUAUCAUCCACGAUCGAAUGGUGUUAUCGAAAGGUUUAAUCGUCUAUUUGGUGGCAUGCUGGCAAAAUAUGUAGGUGAUAAUGAUAUUAAUAAAUGGGAUGAAUACAUCGAUCGUGCAUUGUUUGCAUGUCGAGUCCGACAACAUCAUGCCACAGGUAAAACUCCAUUUUAUAUGGUAUACGGUGUUGAAGCAAAAUUACCAGGUGAUGAAUUAAUACCAAUUAUUAAUGAUGAUGAAGACAACAACAUCACCUGUCGUGUACAACAAUUAGGUCAACUAGUGCAACAACGUGAUACUGUUCAUCAACGCCUUAAUUCAAAUGCUAUUAAGAUGAAAAUUUAUUACGACCACCAUUUAAAACAUGUUGCUGAUAAAUUAUAA